AAAUAAAUAAAUAUCUCUGCCCUUAAUCCAUCGAAGUUCGCUCAUUCUUUUUCGACUCUCGCCUCUUUCGUUAUUCUUGUCGCAGUCACUGUAUCCUUCGAUAUCUCUCGGUCUUGGUUUAUGAGCUCGAAGGAGAGACCCACUCUCGGUGGCACGCGGAUUAAGACCCGCAAACGGAAUAUAGCAGCACCUCUGGACCCUGCAGCAUUUGCAGAUGCAGUGGUCCAGAUAUAUCUGGAUAAUGUUGGUGAUCUGGAACUUGUUGCUAAGAGCAUUGAAUCUGCGGACCUGAACUUCUCUAGAUAUGGUGACACUUUUUUCGAGGUUGUCUUUACGGGGGGGCGCACUCAACCUGGUACAACAAAGCCUGAUGAGGGAGAGCGCCACACUUAUUCUGUUAUAGAUUGUGAACCAAAACGUGAAGCUAUUUUGCCAUCUGUUCUCUACAUACAGAAGAUUCUGCGCCGCAGGCCUUUCCUAAUAAAGAAUCUCGAAAAUGUUAUGAGAAAAUUCCUGCAGUCGUUGGAGCUUUUUGAGGAGAAUGAAAGGAAGAAGCUUGCAAUUUUUACAGCCCUUACAUUCUCCCAGAAGCUAUCUGGGCUUCCGCCGGAGUCUGUAUUACAGCCACUGCUCAAGGAUAAUCUUGUUGCCAAGGGGCUAGUUCUUUCAUUCAUCACUGACUUCUUCAAGGAAUAUCUGGUUGAUAAUAACCUUGAUGAUCUGAUUUCACUUUUGAAGCGUGGGAAGAUGGAGGACAAUCUCCUUGACUUCUUCCCAUCAUCCAAGCGCUCUUCCGAAGGCUUUUCUGAGCAUUUCACCAAGGCAGGAUUGCUAAAUUUGGUUCAAUACAAUGAGAAGAAGAUGUUUGAGGUUAAACUCAAGGAGAUGAAGUCUGCACUGACAAAUCAGGUAGCUGAGGAGACUGAUAUAUCUGAAGUCAUAGAUACUGUGAAGCAACGUCUUAAGGACGCUAAUUUGCCUGACAUUGAAGUUGUACGCCUUUUGUGGGAUGUUAUAAUGGAUGCUAUUCAGUGGUCUGGGAAAAACCAGCAGCAGAAUGUUAAUGCAGCUCUCCGGCAGGUGAAAACAUGGGCAGAACUUUUAAAUACUUUCUGUACCAAUGGGAAGCUGGAGCUUGAACUCAUGUACAAAGUUCAGAUCCAAUGCUAUGAGGAUGCAAAAUUAAUGAAGUUAUUCCCUGAAAUUGUGAGGUCUCUCUAUGAUCAGGAUGUGCUUGCAGAAGAUACCAUUCUCCUCUGGUUCCGCAAAGGAACAAACCCAAAGGGCAGGCAAACUUUUGUGAAGGCGUUGGAGUCAUUUGUGAAUUGGCUAGAAGAGGCUGAAGAAGAAGAAUGAGUUAAUAUGAAUGUUGUGAUCUACCUCAUUUCAGAAAACUAGUAAUUUCUCCUCUUCAAAUAUCUACCCUAAUGAUGUCACGUAACCUUUUGUUUGUUCAUGACAUAAAAAUGAUUAAUGUUUUUGUUACUUUGAA